GUGAGCAAUCUUAGUAGUAAACCCCUUCUUCCACUGUAAUAAGCCGCAGCAGGUGGUUCCGUUCCGUGCGAAAGCAUCCACAUUAUUAUUACUGCCAUUGCAUAGGAUUGCGUGCGGGUGAUGGAGCACACAGUCAGCGAAGUCAGCGUCUCAUCGAGUGCACCAGUGCUACCAUAUUGCUUAGUACAAAAGGAGCAAGGAGUCCCCUGUACUCUGUCAUCAUAGAAUUUGUUCUUUUUCCCCCAUUCAAUUCCCGUGGUGAACUCUUCAUGGGUUUAAAGUUCGUGGGUUCGUUCGUUACAUGGUUUAAGCACGAACCAACAACUCCAAUGAAGUCCUUUUUAAAAUAGAAUGCACGGUUUGAUACGUUCUAUCUACCCCUCCUUGUUUACCACUUGUAGAGGAAUCUGUUUGCCAAUGCACACUAGCACGGUGGCCAAAAACUAGUCCUAUUGAAGAGAGAUUGUUUCGGUGUGCAAACAAGUGUCGUUCCGCAAAGCUGCACACGCAUCAAACGAAUAGACUGAUAUUGAUAGCGUACCAUGAAGCAUGAACGGUGAUGGUGCGUGGUGGUGUAUGGACGCAUGUCAACAUGUGUGGAUUGAAUAGCGGGGCUGCAUGCUUGUAUUGAUGCAAAAACGGAAAUCAGGAAUAAUCUGUUGCAAACUCAGCAAACUGUCAUCACGCGGCAACGACAUUCUAAAGCAAAGGACAGCAUCAUUGUGUUUGCGUGUGUUUGUACAUCACAUAUUUACUACUUCAUGAUCGGUGCGCGGUUUGUGAACACAUCAUAUCGUACAUUAUCAAUGGGCACUUGAAGCCUUUCAAAAAGGAGAAACAAAAGGAGGAGAAGAAGGGUCACAUAAGCGGAUGAAUGCAAUCGAAUAGUAAUCCAUGAUCCAUAGUGAAAUGCACCCAUCUCCAGGCUGGCCGGCGGAAUGCGGGAACAUUUGCGGGCAAUUCCGAAAAAGACUUAGCCGAUGAAUUGACUCUUACGCGUACUACUCGUAUCAUACAGGGGUAGUAGACGCGCUAGAAAGUAGAGACUCCCGAAACACAAGCGCUAAGCGUUGCACGGUGCCCACCACCGGUGCCAUAGGCUUGCAAACUCUCUAAGCAUUAGGUGUUUCUGGUCGAAGGGACACGUCCAGCCUGGAUCUAUGUUUUCGGAAUGUUCACACCUGAUUGUGUAUGUGUGUGGGAAUGGAUGUACGUGCACGAUGUAUAGCAAGCGAAAACCAGUCGAAGUAACCAUCAGCUAGAUGGUAGUAGAAAAACAGCUAUUAAACUAAAAAGUAAAAACUAUCGCAAAAAGUACAUUCGGAACAUAUUAAAUCGGGAGUAUCGCGAAACGCGCGACAAACAUACGGCAACAAGGGAAAGGUGAUCCUCGUUGCGUAUUGAAAUUAGUAGAAAAAGAAUUACUUAACAGAGCAGAGUGCCGCACCAGGGUGCCGAUGUAACAACUGUGACACUGUGGCAGCGUAGUAGUUAUAUUUUAUGUUGAUGAUUUACUUUAUCUGUCCUUCAUUUCUUUAUACUUUUCGAUCUUUUCCUUUCCACUAUAUUCUCGAAUAGCAGAAGCGGUAAUGAAUUCGAUUCGCUUCCUCAAAAAAAAAAGUUUAUUUCGUUCAUAGUGUUUUGAUGUGAUAUGUGUAUUGAAUGGUAGCUCUCGUGUCAGCUGAAAAGCUAGUGCAAACGAAGAUAGCUUUGAAUAUUAAGAAAUGCACGUAUUGUCCAUUAGAGUUACACAUCGCAAAUUGCGUGCAGUGCGUUAGGUUUAGUUUACCUUAUCACCAUAUCAUAGACGUAACGGAAGGCAAGUGAUUAAACUACCAUGGUUACUCUACGCCCAGUGAGGUUCCCUUGACUCUUUACAUCUUACCUUAUGUUUAGUGGUGGUCACAUUUUUGUGCAUAUUGCACGCCCCCUUCUCCAUUAUCCCACUGUCAUCGUGCUGUACUGUUUUACUCAUUACAUAGAACAACUGUCUUAAGUAAACGCACACCGAUCCGAUGGACACGGAAUAGCUUAAUGUAGAGGUACUGCCAUUGUUCUAAGAAUUCCUACUAUUUUGUUCGGUAAUAUCAGAACUAAAUUAAUCAUUCACAAUAACAUGGUCCAUUGGCAUCAUACGAGUAUAGUUAUACGGGGUCUUUCUUUGUCCUUACUGUUAGGUUUUAUGGUUUUUCGAUUUUCCUUUUGGUGCGAAAUCCUUUACCUUGUACGAGGCAUUUUUUUGUAUCGUAAGUUUACCAACUUACUAUUAUAUCAACCGAAUAUACUCCGUUAGUUUAAAUAACAACUUUUUAAUGAUAUGCGAUUUGUUGCCCAACAACUUCCAGUGAUCCCACGACUCCUCCAAUCGUGCAACGACCACUUGUUGGUUAGUUGCCGUAUCUCAUUACUCAUUUGUAUCAUUCGACAUUUGGUAUUCACCGUUUAGCACAAUUGCAUUCCAUUUUCAAACCAGUAACGAAUAUAUUCAUAUAUAAACGUAUAUAUUGAUAUUUUAACCAUUUAACGGUAUGGUGUAUGAGUUACAAUAUUUUACACAAUAUUCACCACCACUUGCCUGAACCGACGGACAUGGUGCAAGGAUAAGGUAGCAAUUAGCAACAACAACACAAGAAAAAAAAACUCCCAAUCGAACUGACCAUCUUACGUACAAUAACUGAUGAUGAACCACAACCACAACCGAAGGUGUACAUUUUUGUACAGCAGAAAACAGAAGCCACGUGACACAGUACUAAUGGUAAUAACCAGAAUCGCAAGCAGUGCAGUGCACCCGUUUUCGUUAACUAACCGCAAAUUUCAUUAAACCGCCAUCAUUAGUUUCACAUUUACCAAAUAAUAUGUUGGAACAACAAUGUACAGUGUUUCUCCAAAUUUGCCAUAUAUCAAUGCUCGAAUCGUUAUUUUUUUAAGAAUAAAUCUAAAACCCUAGAGCGUUACCGCGUGAAAUCGUCGUGAAGAAGAAACGAUGGCUUGAUUGCAUGACUUUUUACUGCUGCUAUAUAGUUGAGCUGACGACAGACAGAGUCUUUAGAGUCCCUAUCAUUUUCCUGCGGAAAGUUUUCCGUUCCCUUCCGUUCGCCCGUUUCACUGUUAGACGAAAUGCAAAUCUGUGAGCCCUCGGGGGUGCGUGAGAAAGGUGGCAAUCAUGCUCAUGCCCGGUUGCCCCUGCUGCACUGGGUCUUGGUCUUAACGAGAAGCUCAGCGCAUCUGCUUGAAUUGCAAACAGUAAAGUAGCAAAACUGCACACACGAGGGCUCACAUACGUAGACACAGCAUACAUGUAAAAUUGUACACGAAAUAAUAAAGGAACUGUAAUUAUAGCGUUUGUAGUUGUGCGCAGGAAAGGAAUGGGAAAGGAAACGAACGGGUUCGGGUAAUCACGCAUGGGUUGGUAUACGCUCCGGCACCGGGCACGGAGCAGUAUUAAGUAUUAAGAAGAAAGCAUAUAAAAUGUUAAAAAGAAAGUAAACAAAAGAAAAAUAACAUACCAUUGUAGUGGGCAAACGGUAGGCAAAAGACAUGUUUCACAAGCAUACACACAGAGACAAGAUCGAAGCAAUUGGACGUAAAAAGAAACACGGACGCACUGAGACCGACGGAGAAACUGAAGAAGAAGUAAAAGAACACAUGCUAUAUGGAAUACCUAAACAGAUAGAUAAUGUCCGAAAUUAUAUAGGUUAUGUAAUAAAAUUAUU